AUGACUGAUGAGGAGAAAAUUGCUGCACUAAAUUGUUUGGAUCAACCUGAAGCUUCUUAUGACUAUCCAACCACAUUCAUGAAUGAAAGAAACCGAAAAUUCCAGCCAAAAUGGUUCCAAACUUUCCCAUGGAUUUAUUAUUCCAAGUGCUCUGACAGUGUAUUCUGUAAAUUCUGCUUUUUUUACGGAAAUGGUAAUGGAAGUAAAUUUGUUUUAAAUGGAUUCAGAAACUGGCGUAAAAGCAUAGAAAAUUUUGAAACCCAUCAAUCAGCAGGAUUCCAUAUAAAAGCGGCAACAAUAAUAGCAACAAGAAAUUCUAUUUUGGAUGGAAAAUUUAAACCUAUAAAUGAAGUCAUUGAUAAGGAAUUAGAUGUGCAAAAACAAAAUAAUCAACAGCUUUUGCAGCCAAUCAUUGAAGCUAUAAUUGUAUGCGGUCGGCAAAAUCUUUCUCUUAGAGGUAAACACGAUUCAGGUCCACUAUUCUCCACUGAUGAUAAUGUUAAUGAUGGAAACUUGCGAUCACUUCUUCGAUGGAGAGCACAAUCAGAUUCGAAAUUCAUGGAAUUAGUAAAAAAUGCACCAAAAAAUGCUACUUAUCUUAGCCCAACAAUUCAAAAUGAAGUUAUAUCAAUUAUUGAAAGAAUUAUAAUCGAUCGUCGGGUGCAUAAGUUGAAGAAAUCAACAUUUUUUUCCAUAUUCGCUGACGAAACUUCUGAUCGAGCAAAUAUUGAGCAAUUAGCUAUUGGCGUGCGUUAUUAUGAUUUAAAAGAAAACUCAGUCAAUGAGGAUUUUUUGAAAUUUGUUCAAAUUACAGAUCAAACUGCGCUCGGAAUUUCAAGUGAAAUAUUGACAAAUUUUGAAGAAUUGGGAAUUAAUUUGAAGAACUGUGUUGGACAAGGUUACGAUGGUGCUGCAGUUAUGUCUGGUCAGAAAUCAGGAGUAGCAAAAAGAAUUCGAGAUAAAUAUCCAUCGGCAAUUUAUGUGCAUUGCAUGAGCCAUUCUCUUAAUUUAGUUUUAACGAAUUCAUGUAAUAUUGCAUUGCUCAAAAAUUGCAAUGACACUAUCAAGCAAAUUUUCAACUUCUUUAAUUCUCCAAAACGUCAGCAUACUUUAUCCGAAAGUAUUGAAGAAAAGUGCUUAGAAAGUACGAAAAAGAAGUUGAAAAAUGUAUGUCCGACAAGAUUCAUUGAACGACACCAAACAACAGCAACAUUUUUAGAGCUCUUUGACGCGGUAGUUUAUGCUUUACAGGAAAUAAUUGAUUGGAAUGAUUGCACAUCGCAUACUGCAAUCGGUUUUUUUGACUCUAUAUUAUCGUUUCCAUUCUUAAUUUCAUUGCACACUCUUGAUUUUGCAUUAAGUUAUACUGUUGGUCUUAGCCGAUAUUUGCAAACAUCGUCCAUUGAUUUAACUCAAGCCAUUAGUUCUUCUGCAGACAUUAUUGACAAUUUCAAGGAAAUGGAGAGUGACUCUACAAAUGAGUUCAACAAAAUAUAUACAAUUGCAAAGGGAAUAGCUGAGAAACAUCAAAUUGAGAUAAAGAAGCCACGAUUUAGUGGAAGACCCCGUGCAAAUGGUGCAAAUACAGAUACAGAAAUUUAUUAUCAUAAUUUACUUUUUAAGCCUCUGAUCAGCGCAUUUGCAAUGGGAGUUGGAACAUUGAUAGAAACAAUGUUGGAGCAAGUUGUGGAGAUAGAAUAG